CGGAAACAAUAGGUCGGCUGUUGUUGCGGAAAGCUCUCAAAAGGAACGGGGUACGGCAACCAUGCGAGUCGUUCAGCGACAGGUGUCAAUUUCCUAUUUCUAUUGCGCAACCACCUGCCAAUUCAUUCGGAGGUUGCCAGCUAUGGGCACGGCUCACAUCCUAGAAGAACCCUUGUAUCUUUUACUUGUCACCCAGUACAUCCGAGGAGGGGCACUUGGCUAUGUAAAAUCCGUUGAAUAUCCGUAAGAGACUUUUCAGAUUUAGGCUACGACACAAACAACCGUACAUACAUGGCUCUUGAGCUUGGUUUCCAACAUGUCAA